GGAAGGAACUACAUUGUGGAGGACGGCGACAUUAUCUUUUUCAAAUUCAACACACCAAACGCACCAAAGAAGAAAUAACGGGACCUUGUAUUCGCCACAGGAACGUCUCGGCUGCAAAGAGCUGUGCUGCUGGUUUUCAUACACCUCUGUAAUUUAGAGGAUAAACUUCCUUGGACUUUUUAGUUUGAACGCAAACAAAUUCAAAUCAAAUAUCAAAUCAGUCAAAUAUUUGGACAAUGUUCAACUCUUCAUUCUGCUGAGAGGAAAACAAAUGCAGCUCAAGUGAAAAAAGCAAACCUGUUCAUUUGCCGCUGUUGGCUUGUUUUAAUAUGAAACAAACUUCUUUAAUGUUUUCAUCGUAUUCGAAAGUAAAAAUGACAAGAGGUGUUUCAAUUUAUUUUUAAGUAUCUUGAAUUUGUUAACAGGGUGUUGGAUAUCUAAUGGCAGGCAUGUUAUUAAAGUACUAAAUGAGUAUUUAGGAGAUGUUUUGCCACGUUCCCUCACUUUGUUACUCAUUUCUUGCUGCAUUAUAAAGACAUGGCUURUUCUAAAUAAAUAAGUUCUCACUGACUUGUUUCAUAUUAAAAGAGAAUGAGAGCAUCACUCAGUGCAGGACGUCACUGAACUGUAGAGACGGGCCUUGCUCACAUGUCCUGAUCACACACCUGGACUGAGUUCAUGUGCUUCUUUUUUUGGCUUGCACUGAGGUGGUUUACAAGAAAAUAAAUUAAACUUUGCAUUCUAAACUCCAUCCUACACAAUGAAAUGUGAUUUAUUGUGGAUCAGACUAAGCUGCAAUGUACAGUUUCAGCUCAUCGCAUAUGUUAAUGCCUUUAUUUACUCUCCACCACCUCCUCAGCAUCCUGGCUCAUUGUGCACUAAAACUAAAAUGUUUUACUUGAGGGGAACAAUAAUUAAAUGUUACCCUCAAAAGACGCACGUCAAUAAAAGGAGACAUUUUCCUUUGUUUUACCAUGGCAAAUUACAUUAAAUGAUAGCAAGCAGACAAUAAAAAACGUUUAUUGUACAUUAAACAUUUAAAUCUGUUUUGAAGUGGUAAAUUCUAAACUUUAAAAUAGAAAUACAUAAACUUUACAUAUAUUUGAUUCUAUUUUUUUUAUUAGACAAAUGCAAAUCAAAUAAAUAUAUGCAUAUGAACCAGAUCUGGUAAAUUUACCAUUAAGAUUUACAUAAUGCAAUCAAAGUUAAUUUGCUAACACAUAAAAUGUAUUGUAGACUUAACCAUAUUAGAUUAGUUUACUCAAAAGUUACUCAAACAACGUCCGUUUGACGCCAAAACAAACUGCAUUAAUGCCUACCAAACAACAAUGAUCAUCUAUAACUUUAUUUUCUUAAAAAUAAAGAACAUGGUACAUUUUACAUAUUUAAAUAGUGCUGUUUUCCAUGUACCUUUGUUAGAAUUUAAACAACUGCAUUCCAUCUCUGGAUUCGCUCAACAAACAGGAAACGCACGUCCAAUACAAAGUUUGAUUGACAUCUCAGUCAACCAAUAACGUUAAGGGAGAAUCCCCGCUCAGCCAAUAGCCUUAGAGAAGAAAGGCGGGACGUCCUGUAAUGUGAUGCAAAUUCGCCAGUCAAGCCUGUUAGUCCCACCUUUUUGUGUUUCCCGCACCGUCAAUCAAAAUAGAAAAAAAAAUCGACCCGAAUUCACCGAUCAACACUAGCCCGCCUUUGAUAAAAUAAUCAUGUUCGGAGUUUUGUUGAUGUGGUAAUCCUUCCGCUUACUACCAUUCACGCUAUGACUGGUACGUAAACAUUUGGCGCACCGAAGCUGCAACGAAUCGGUGAGUUUGUGAAAGCUGCUGCGAAGCGAGCUGCGUCUUUUUAUCAUUAGCUGCGCUGCUAACUAGCUAGCUAUGGUUAGCUAACGGAGCUAGCCUCAGAGUUGACAAAGUAAGCUGUCGAUGUGGGCCGACAUCUCCUCAGAACCUUCGCUUCACAGUUGAAUUUCGCAGCCAAGCCGGCCUCUUUUUCGGCCCGGAGAGUUGGGAUGCUUUGCGGUCUUUUCUGGCAGACGGGAGUUGAAGAUAACAGAGUUUUGCUCAGUUUCCCCCCUCUCCCUGCUAGCGCCUGAGCAGCCUCUGAAACAAGGAGAAAUGGCGUCCGCGGACGUGGACAGCAGUCAAAGCGAGUUUCUGCAAGCUGGCGGCGCGGCGGAAACACAGACAGAUAUGUCAGCCAUUCAGCUGACGGCGUCGGACAGGUGGGAGGUGUUAACUCCAGUCUCAGCUGGGAAGGAGGAUCAAGGAGUCGUCCACAUUCCAAACUCCGGGAUCGUCACUUCCAAUGGGCAGUACGUGCUUCCACUUGGUAGUCUUCCCAGUCAGCCCAUUUACGUUACAGCAUCUGGGACUGAGGCUGCAGCAAAUGGCGUGGCAGGCAUUCAGUAUCAGGUCAUCCCUCAAAUCCAAAAUGCAGAUGGAACACUUGCAGGAUUCUCAACACAAGGUCUGGAYGAUGGUACAGGUCAGAUUCAGCUUCUCCAGGAUGGCAGCCAGGGCAGUAUCGGCAUCAGCUGCGCCACGACRGCAACCACGGACCUCCUGUCUCAGGCGGGGCAGGUUCAGUCGAUCCAAGGAGUCUCGUUGGCGGGAGGUUCGGCRUACGCUGGCACCGUUCCCGUCGGGCUGCCCGGCAACAUCACCUUCGUCCCUAUAAACAGUGUGGAUCUGGAGUCGCUCGGGCUGACCGGUGCUCAGACGGUACCCAUCGCGACGGGGGUGACGCCCGAGGGCCAGCUGAUAAUGAGCAGCCAGGCCCUGGAGAGUCCGGGCCAGGACGAUGUUUCCAAGCAGCCGCUGACGGUGAACAACCCCRGCUCCAACCACGAGCUCUACGUGCCAACCUCCUCCACCUCCUCCUCCAACUCCUCUCAGCUUCCUGAAACCAUCGACGGCACAGGGGUUCUGACCCAGGCAACAGCUGUGUCUGCGGGCGUGUCCGAUCCCUCCUCAGAAAACUUCAACUCCCACAACCACCUUCAGCAAAUUCAG